AUGUCAGCCGUAUUCUUUGUCUCCGUCAUCGCAGGCGGUAUUAGCUGUGUCGUCCUUGUAUGGCUGCUCAGUGGUGUCGCCGGCUUGAUACCAACUCGUUACAAUCCAGCUGAGAAGCCUGAAGAUGAUCACAUCCAAAUCCUCGUCGUCGGCGAUGUUGGCCGCAGCCCUCGCAUGCAAUAUCAUGCCAUGAGUGUUGCCAAGCAUGGUCGACAAGUUGAUAUCGUCGGUUACAAAGAGACCUCAAGACAUCCUGAUCUCAUUGGAAACCCGCGAGUCACCAUGUAUGCGCUCCCGCCACAACCGGAAGUGCUUCGCUGGGGAACUUUGCCGUUUUUUCUCAAUAUUCCUCUCAAGGUUCUCUGGCAGUUCUGGGGUCUAUUCCGUACCUUGAUGUACGAUGCCCCUGCUGCAAAAUGGAUAAUCAUUCAAAAUCCUCCUUCCAUUCCCACAUUCCAUGUUGCAUUGAUAGUUUCUCUCUUUCGUGGCAGCAAGCUUGUAGUAGAUUGGCACAAUUACGGCUACACCAUCCUGGCACAGAACAAGUGGUAUUAUAAGCCACUUGUUCCCAUCUAUCGCUGGUACGAAACUGGUUUUGGGCGCUAUCUGGGAGAUGUCAACCUUGCCGUCACGGAUGCUAUGGCUCGUCAACUCAAGGUAAAGCCUUUUAACGUGAAGCGUUCCGUCUACACGCUUCACGACCGACCUGCCGAGGUUUUCCAGCCUAUCCUUUCAGCCAAGGAACGUCACGCGUUCUUGUCUCGACUUGCAGAGACGAAAUCGGUUGCGAAAGAUAUCGUCGAGGGUGCAGUACGUCUCAUCGUUAGCAGCACUUCAUGGACGCCGGAUGAGGACUUUGGCCUUCUUCUCGAUGCGCUCGUGUCUUAUGCCAGCACUGCAGAGGCCGCACCCAUCCUUGCCAUCAUCACCGGGAAGGGACCCCAGAAGGAACAUUACCUGGAGCGAAUCCAGGCUCUCCAGGACGAUGGCAAACUACCUGGCAUUCGCAUUCUAACAGCAUGGCUGUCCACCAGAGACUAUGCUUCACUGCUCGCUUCAGCAGAUCUCGGGAUUUCAUUGCACAAGUCCAGUUCAGGCGUCGAUCUCCCUAUGAAAGUGGUGGAUAUGUUUGGUGCAGGCCUUCCUGUUGCAGCUUACUCAGCCUUUGAAAGCUUCAGCGAACUCGUCAAGGAGGGACAGAACGGGUGUGGUUUCGAGACCUCGUCCGAGUUGACUGAUAUCCUUACACGGCUAUUGAGCUUCUCAGGACACGAAGAGCUGUCCCGGCUGAAGAAAGGUGCUGUUAGUGAAGGCGCCCUAAGAUGGGAUCAUGAAUGGGAUCGUGUAGUAGGAAAGGUCAUUGGGCUUGUUGGCGAAGAGAGUACUUAG